CCGUGAAUCGCUACGUGGCCCCAAAGCAAUAGUACAACGUGUAUACAUCUCGAGGGGAUGGGAUACAACACGUAUAGGGCCGCGCAGAUUGCAGCUGAUGAAACCGGGAGGCAUGGUAGGUGCAUACGUGUCGCUUCUGGAAAGCUCGAGUCGCGCGUAUCUCAUCUACCUUCUGCAGAGCGCGUUGCUCCCCACCAGGCGCAACUUGGCAACGAGCAGCCUCCGGUCGCCGAGUGGCGAGUCGCCCCCCGUAGCUAUAUAAACCGCGGCGCGCCGACUCUCCGCUAGUUUCAAGCUAGAAUCGAACCGCAUCGCUUGGCGAAUAUUCUCUGCUAAAGAGAGAAGAACAAACUUGCGAAUUAUACCUAUCGAAUCUCUGCAAGUUUCUCGAGAGAAGAGUUUAAAUCGAAGAAAGAUAAACAAGGAUGGUUUCGCCACUGCUACCACUGCUCCUGUCGGCGGCGUACUUUGGAGACGUCGACCGGCCGUCGAGUCGCCUGAUCGACCAGGACUUCGGCUUGGGCUUGCGCCCCGACCAGCUGGUCCUGUCCCGCUACGGCUACUACGUGCCGUCCGUCUACUACCGUCCAUGGGCCGAUCUGCUGCGCCAGGAGUCAGGCGACCGAGGCGUCUCCAGCAUAACCCUCGACAAGGAGGCCUUCAAGGUGACGCUGGACGUGCAGCAGUUCAAGCCCGAGGAGAUCGACGUUAAGGUCGUCGACAAGUUCAUCGUCGUCGAGGCGAAGCACGAGGAGAAGAAGGACGAGCACGGCCUGAUCUCCCGGCAGUUUGUGCGCAGGUACGUCAUCCCCGAGAACGUCGACGCCGAGCAGAUCAGCUCGACCAUCUCGUCGGACGGCGUGCUGACGAUCCAGGCGCCGGUGAAGGAAACGGAGCCGGAGCAAAAGAACGUCAGGAAGAUCAAAAUCGAGCUGACGGGCAAGCCGGCGCUCAAGCCCAAGGAGGACAAGCAGCAGGAGGAGAAGAAGGAGGAGACGACCUCGUCCUCGUCGACGACUGCCACUCCGGCGCAGGGCUCGACGACCGCCAAGAGCUAGACUGAUUUCCUCGCACAUUCCUGAAUGAUUAUAUUGCAUGAUUCCGCUAUUUAUUAUGAUUAUACCCGUACGCGACUGCGAUGUAUUUAAUUCAACUACUGCAUUUGAACUUUGUGAUUGAUGAGCGAGCGAUCUUCGACGCUGUGACUGAUACGUAUGACGUGUGUGAAAGCUGUGAUCUUGAAGUGUGAGUGUCGAAUGGUUGAAAAAUUAUUGUUAAGUCAUGAGAUUAGCAAUACUGGUUAUGUAGUCUGUGCCAGAUUUAUCAAGUCAAACUUGUUAGUUAAAUUUCGAAUGACAUGUCAUAGUCUUGCUCUAUAAGUAAUAUUUUGUAACAGUAAUUUUUAUAAUGAAUAAAUAAUUUCUUCACAGUAAA